UUUUAUUUUUCUCUUGUCGCUGUAUGUUAGACGUGUUAAUGUGCGUGAAAUCUCCAUGCUACCAUUAACUCACUGCUAAAGCAAGCGGAAGAGACUCGUCCACUCCACUGUUCUUUCACUCUCUUCACACGCGCCUGUGCUCUUAAGACAAUUAAAUGGAUUUUGGAUUCACUCGGUUUUUAGGGCAAUUAUGCGUGCUGUAAGUAGGAAAGCAGUAGUGGUUUUGCUGGUGGUCUUGCCACUCACAGCUAUGUACUUUUACUACUGGAACUUAAACAGCAUUACAACCAUCAAUGUGCUGCAAGGAUCUGACUCUAUAAAAAUGAUUUUAGAGAAAAGGUCACAAAGCUUGCAACAUACAAAUGACCACAUCCCUUACCAAAUCAAAGACGACAUCUUCAAGAGUCUUGCCUUAAACGGGUGUGUCUGUGAGGGCAACAAACCAGGAAUUACAUUCCCAUUUUCUAAACUGUUGUUCCCUGAAAUAUCGGCUACUCGGCUGGAAGCAAUGUUUGGAGACUCAGACCUGCAAAAAGCAAAGCAAUACAGGAAUAAAGAGUACCAACGUUAUCGUAAGAGGGCAUAUACAGCUGCAGAUUCACUCAUCUUAUCUGAAGCCAACAGCCCUCUUCAGUACCCUACACAGGGUGUGGAAGUCAGACCUACAAGGUCUAUUCUAAUUCCAGGUUUAAGUCUGAACCAAAAAUCAGAAGUGGGCCCUUAUUUGGUAGAUCUGAUUGCUACUAUGGGAAUAUUCAGCACAGCAGCAGUGGUCAAUGGAGUGCAAGUGGAAGGGGAAGGAGAGAUGCAGAUUCAUUUUAUGAGCAGAUCACUUGCUUCACUAAACAGACAACUCGAGUUUGUUACCUAUACAAACACACGGUUCCAUCCCAACACAGCAGAUGUAGUCCAGUUUAAAGCAGGUGCAUUCCAAGCCUCCUUUACCAUCAAGAUUAGACAUCCACCAAUGCCCAAAUUCUAUAAUCCAGCACCAAAGCUAGAAUACAAUGUAAACACUUUGGUCACCAUUGCCACUAAAACAUUUCUACGAUACGAUAAACUUCAGGAUUUGAUCAACAGCAUUCGACAGUUUUACCCCACUAUAACUAUAGUAAUAGCUGAUGACACAAAGGAGCCCAAGUCUGUAACUGGACCCUACAUCGAGCAUUAUAUCAUGCCCUUUGGCAAGGGCUGGUUUGCCGGUCGUAACCUGGCAAUCUCUCAAGUAACUACCAAAUACGUGCUUUGGGCGGAUGAUGACUUUAUUUUCACCUCAAGCACCAAACUGGAAAAAAUGGUGGAUCUUCUGGAGAAAACCACUUUGGACCUGGUGGGAGGGGCAGUCAGAGAAGUGACAGGAUACACUGCCACCUAUCGACACAUGCUCUCCACAGAUGCGGGUGAUGAAGAGGGAGACUGCCUACACAUUAGGACAGGAUUCCACCACGUCAUUGAAGGAUUUCCCAAUUGUGUGGUUACAGAUGCAGUCAUUAAUUUCUUCAUGGCUCGCACAGAAAAGAUACAACAAGUGGGCUUUGACCCGAGGCUGGCUCGGGUUGGUCAUUUAGGAUUUUUUAUUGACGGACUGGGCUCCCUCCACGUGGGCUCCUGUAAUGAUGUUAUUAUCAAUCAUGCAUCAAAGAUCAAGGCAAUGCUGCCAUGGGGACAGUCUGACAUUGACCAAGCCUAUUCUAAGUUCCGCUAUCAUUCCACUAAAGAGACUUCUAUGAAUGAAUAUGAUCUUUAUUACCUCAAAAAUCAUUUUCAAUGUGUCACUAGUGACUAAAUAUGGACUGUUAAAUCUUAGGAAAGCACUUUCAGGGUCACUCUCAACAAAAAGCCGACGAGCAUUUAUAAAGCAUAACACGAAAAUGAGCAAAUGACAACACGUAUACAUUUUUGGUUUCCCAUAAAUGGCACAGCACAUUUACCAUCUACUGCAUAUUUAAAACACCUUUAAUGUUAUUUUUGUAUUUAAUUUGAAUAUCAGCAUUUGUGAGAUCUGUUCAGGUUAUUUGUGUAAAUGUGACUUUUUGCCAUUUUGUUAUGAGGAAUGCACAUGUAUGGACUCAUCUCAAGGUUUGUAGAGGUAACACUUAUUUUAUUUUGACCCUUGGAAAAUGAAGAAAUUGCAUUUUGUUUCUAGUGUUAUUAGACUUUUUAUUGAAUACUUUUUGUAUUUGAGUAUUAAAAAAGGUAUUAUUGAAUAA